AUGGCUCGAAAUAAAGAACUUGGCAUAAUAGUCACAGGCAUGCCACAAAAUCAAUUUGAAGCACGUAACCAUGACUUAAAACAACCAGUGACCUUUGCUACAUUUAUGACAAGUGGGAGUAUCG